GUAGGAAAUCCGCGGUUCUGUGGACAAACUUUCGCCCACCGAGGGCAGGGUUCAGUUUCCUCCGUGUUAAGUGAAUCCACAGCACAGCUUUUGCUUCUUUUCACAGACCCGACUCAGGAUUUAGCCCAGGACUGUGGCCGUAAAUCCGCGCAUCUGGGAUUUUUGAUUUUAUUUCGCGUUCUUUUGAAUAUUUUCAAACAACGACGAAAGGAUGAAGUACCCAGAGAUGAAUGAAACCAUUCCGAAGUACGCUCUGACAUUCCCGUUCGAAGACAACUUCAAUUACCAUGCGACGAAGGUGAUGAUGGAACGGUUCUGGACACGGGCGCAUUACUGGAUCGCUGCCUACCUGGCCAUCGUCUUUUCUCUCCGAGGUCUGAUGAAAAAUCGGAGACCGUUCCACUUGCGGAAAACAUUGGCAUUGUGGAACCUGGCAUUGGCAGUUUUUAGCAUCUUUGGAGCUUUGCGAACAAUGCCAGAGCUGCUGCACUCAUUGAGCCGCUUCGGUUUUGCCUACUCUGCUUGCAUUGCCGCGUACAUGGAGCACAACAAGGUGGCGAGUUUCUGGCAUUGGGUCUUCGUCUGCUCCAAGGUCAUCGAGUUCGGCGACACGAUGUUCCUAGUGCUGCGCAAACGUCCUCUCACGUUCCUGCACGUCUACCACCACGUCAGCGUGCUGCUGUUCUGCUGGAACACGUUUAUUUCUUGCUCAGCCCCCGCACGUUGGUUCGGCGUCAUGAACUUCAUGGUGCACUCGUUCAUGUACUCGUACUACUUUGCGCGUAGUCUGGACAUACGUAUGCCGAAGUUUGUGGCAAUUGCCAUCACGGCCUCGCAAAUCGCGCAGAUGGUGAUGGGCGCCUUCGUUUGUACGUACGCGUUCGUUUCAAAGACCCGCGGCCAUCAUUGCGACGUGGGAUACGACGAACUCAAGCUGUACCUUGCGAUUUAUUUGAGCUACUUCGUCCUCUUUUUGCGCUUCUUCUAUAACGCUUAUGUGCGCGGACCUCGCUCCAAGAUCCCAUCGACCCCGACGAAAGAGGUGCCCGAGUUCGACGAGCGCCGGCGCUUCAAGGCAGAGUAAAACGCCUGUCUUCUCUGUGCAACUUUCCCAAAGCUCGCCACUGAUUUAUUUUCGUUUUCCACGCAGAUGAACGCCUAAGCGAUGUCGGGGUAUAUAAAAUACCGAUUGGGAGAAAAUCGGGAGGGGAGGGCUCCUGGGUGGAAAAAGUUUCAGUGAGUGUAAAUGCCAUCGAGGUGGAAGAAAACAAAAAUUACGUAAUAAUUGAAGAAAAAACUAAAUAACGAAGAUUUUUUCAGCUUACACGAUGAUGAGAAUCCCUCGCCCAGCUCUCAACAGUAUUUUCUCUCCCGACAUUGUCUCCACUGGCAUUUCCUCUCAUCAGCGUUUUCCUUGCGCCGGCAUUUUCAAUCCCUCCACUCGUAAAUUAUAAUUUUAUCGAACUGCGCUCGGGGGAGCCCUUAGGGUUCCUCCUGCACUCCCCAAGGGCUCCGCGGCUUCUUUCAGAGAGAAUCAAAUAGAAUCUUCAAGAGCAUCACAUACAAAAAUAGAGAAGUAAAACUGUGUUGGUAUAUUGAAAGAAAAGGACAAUCAUACUCCCAGAAACCGUUAACUUUUGAAGCACCCGGGAGGCCAAGGGGUUCUGACAUGGAAACCUAUUUGAAACAGGCUUCACAAUUUUACAUAUUUUUCAGAAAGGGCUCUUCAAGUCGAAAGAGGUGAGAAACUGUACGAAUAGUCUAAAUAUCCUGAUAGAUCACAUCUCGUUCUAACAUCAGGGUAUCAUGUGAGGCUGUGGUAUAUUCAUACCAUUCUAUGGAAUGAAUAUGGUCAUUCUAUGGUACCUAUUUAUACCAUAGAAGUGCGACAAUCUGAGAACCAACGUCGGAAUAACCAUUCGAAUGUUGUCUGGUUACCGCUCGUCGUUAGGAAACAUAUAAUAUAUACCUUCCCAAAUCCUUUAAGAAAUAUAAAUCAGAUAUUCAAUUUGUUUAACGGUUUCAACGCGCACGUCGAAAAGUAUGCUGGUAAAUGUUUUAAAAUUUGACGCUUAGCAGCACUCAAAAUAUUCCUAAAUGCAUGUAACGUCAUCAAUGUAUGAUUAAAAAUCGAAAUGAAUCAGGGUAUGGAGUCGUAAGAAAUAUGUGAUGACUCAAGUUCGAAGAAUUUAAAAUGCUCAUGACCAAUGUUUUCUCUCCAUGUUGAUUAAAAUAAUAUAAAAAUCGCAUAAUUUGCCUCAAUUUCAGGUAUUGACUUCGCGAAAACCAGACAUCAUUCGUAUGGUGAAAACCAUUGGAGUUCUCCGAGUUUCGUUCAAGACCUUGAUCAUCCCCUUUCAUGCAAAUCAAUUUUCCUCAGCUUUGAUGAAAUUCUAGGCCUCUUGUUCUUGUUCUAUUGUAUUCUCAGUGGCGCUAAUUUUGAAGGACAGGGCCAGAAAGACACUGAGAGAAUGCGCAGAAGAUAGAUUAUCGAGUGAAAUUUUUUUAUUCGUUUUUACAUUUUCUUUUUGUUAGCAUCCUCGGGUAGUGGUUACCGGGUUUGGUGUAUCUCUCCAGCCGCGAAUUUUGUGUUUCAUUUGCUGUUGUACGUGACGAUGAACUGUAAGAACGAAUGCACGCUUUCAAUGUUGUUGGAUUACUGCCGGGAUUUAGUUUUCUUGCGAGUCAUGCUGCAGUCAAGUCAAGACGGAAACGAUUGAAGGGAAACAGACCGCACAAGCGUGUUCUUUCAAUUUUUUUUAGAAAACUAGCGUUGACGCUUUUUUUUUUGUCAAGUGGGCGUCAAAUUUUUCUCGAGGACACUGCGUAAUAAUUUUCUUUCGUCAAAUGUCUAACUCUGGGUCCACUCGCCUUUCACCGUCGGCCCAGAGGCAUUUCCUCCUUGGACCUGACAUCCUGGAAAUUUAAGUCUGGGAAACGAAGAGGUGUUGUUUUUUUAUUAUUUUACUGUGUGAAUUUCCGUUGAAUUGCGAGGCUGAGUGAUUUCUUUUGGUUGAAAAUCUCAGAAGAUGUGCAGUUUUAUUUUCUCUUGGCGUUAUACGCGUUGAAAUAUUAUGGGGCAACACUACGCUUUGUCACGUUCGACUUGCUGAUCGGCGGAUGCGUGAUUCUUGUGAUCGCGGAUUCUAUAGACGCGAUUCGAUGCAUUCUUGCAUGGGUAGAACAACAGGGAACUGAGGGACGAUGAUGCAAAAGGUUGGACCAAGAGUUUAUUUCCAGGUUUUUGGCGUUGGGGUGAGAAAGUGCGUAUGUAGUUGUAAGUCGCCUGCAUCCUGACUCAUCCACGCGUAUCCUCUGUGUUGUACUGUUGCGAGUUGUUUUGCAGUAAAAAAAAAAAAGGGAAUGAGCUCUCAACUUCUUAG